AAUGCACAGCUGAUUCUUACGUUACGUUACACCCACGUCCUUACGUUUUCUGUCGGCAGCCAAAAAUUGCGCAUACGCCUAGUGUUUACCAAUCGCCAAAGGAAAAGCCAUAAUAGUGCUGAAAUGGAAGCCAAAUAGGCCGAAGAAGCCACCUGGGUCACGAUGAGUGCGGUAGAACAGGCAAAUCUGCUGCGCGUGCUGAUCAACUGUGCGGAGAAGGCGGCCAACAUCGCCAGGACAUGUCGCUCCAACGAGGAACUCCUGGCACUGCUGGUGCAGGAGAAGAGCGGGUCGGAGGCCAACGAGCGGUUCGAACACGACUUCAAGACCCUGGCCGACGUCCUCAUCCAGGAGACAAUCAAGCACGAGGUGGGGGCGCUCUUUCCCGCCAUGCAGGAGGCCAUCCUGGGCGAGGAGUCGCCCAACUUCACCAACCAACUGGGCGAAAGUGUCACAAUUGCAGUGGGAGCGAGUGAGGAGGACACCGCCUCCUGCCUCCAGGCCGUCCUCAGUGGACACGAAGGCGCCGCUGCUGCCCUGGCCAAAGAGGUCCACCAGGAGGUCAGCUUUAGCAGCGAAAAGCUGGGCGAGAUUCCCCAGCUGCCGGAGGAACUGGACUACGGCAAUCUGGGCAUCUGGAUCGAUCCCAUUGAUGCCACUGCCGAGUACAUUUCGGGCGACACCAUGUUCACCGACUUCCCCGGCAUCACGUCCACUGGCUUGGACUGCGUCACCGUGCUGAUCGGCGUCUACGAGCGGGACACCGGAGUGCCGGUCAUGGGCGUGGUGGCCCAGCCCUUCGGCGACAAGUUGGAGGAGAACGUGUACAGCUCCUCGGUGUUCUGGGGCGUGUGCCUGCCCGCGUUACAGGCCCACAACUGCGACUUCGAGGCGCGCGACGAGAACCGGCGUCUGGGCAUCUUCUCCAGCUCCGAGCAGUCCGACAUCCUUCAGCGCUUCCUCGAUCUGGGCUACGAGUUCGCCUUCUCCGCUGGUGCAGGCCACAAGGCUUUGAAGGUCAUCACCCACGAGGUGGACGUGUAUCUGCUCAGCAAGGGAUCGACCUUCAAGUGGGACACCUGCGCUCCGCAGGCCAUUCUGCGAGCACUCGGCGGCGACGUCCUGGAUUACUCAGGCAGUGUGGCGGAGCAAAAGGCCGUUCCAUUAAAGUACCUGAUGGAGGACGCUGAAACCCAUGCCGAUUGGAAGCGAAAUGCCGGUGGUCUAAUUGCUGUGCGCAAUGUCGAUGUUGUGGAGGAGCUGCUGGCCAAGCUGUGCGAGCAAUGAAUGUUGUUGUUAAUGUUGUAACCUCAUUAUUGCUGUUGUAAUUGAAUCGGUGUAAAACUCCCAUUAGAAUUGUAGAGAAAGGAUCUUCGGUACAAAAACUAUUCCACAGAAAUAUGUGAAUAUUUGUAGUGGAAAAUUCAAACAGGUUUUCGAUCAGGAAAAUAUAUGGCUGAUUUAUUAAAGCAAAUAAAAGUCCAUGA